GGGUCUGACAAUCAGUCCACCGUUUAAUGUCGUGACGUAAAGUAAACAAGUGGCUCGUGGUGCUCUUGGACAUACAUAUUAAUAAUUGAUUCCUCAAUUAAGCUGAUGACGCUGAUGACCAGGAUUGGAGAUUGCUACCUAUUUUUUGCUAGAUAGUUAAUAAAUUGGAUGAGACCAUGGGUCCUUCACAUAGAAAUCGUUCCUUUGUCUAUCCGGCUGUUAUUGUUGUAGUACUGCAUAUUACUCUACAACUAAGAUGCAUCGAUUCUAGUAUUCAAAUGCAACAGCAGUCGGUGGAAAAUGAAUAUACGACUUAUGAACAGCCCCAAGAGAAAAUGGAACAAAUGAAAACAAUAAAAGAUCAAAAAUUAAUAGUUCGACUGCCAUCUAACUCCCUGCUCAAAUAUACAUCCUAUAAGGAUGUAUCUAUACUACACUUUAGAAUGCCCCAAGAUUCUAGAACAGCCAUUUUUAGCUUUAAAGCCUUUGAGGAAUCCAAGGGAACAUUUCAAAGAAAGUGUAAGGUUAAAGAUGUAACCUUACACCUCAAAGCGGGCAGUUACCCAGUGAUUAGCCCAGAGAACAUCACGUUUCCCAAGCACUUUCUUAGUUCUGAACAAAGAUUUGAAAUUUACAAUUUGCAGUUUCAGUCGAAUGAGCAGGAACAGCGCAUUAAAGUGAAUGGUCCUUAUAUAGGCAAUUGGUUUGCAGUUGCUUUCGUUAGUUGGACGGAUCCCAAUAAUGAUCGCAUAGAGCAGCAAGGACUGGCGGCAUCAUGUGACACAUUGCUACUAGGCGAGAUGUCGGUGUCCAGCUUCAAACCGAUUAUCAUAAAUAAUGGUCAAGCACAUCAGGGUAAUCUAACGAGCAAUGAUUUUGCUCAGCAACAACAACAACAACAACCAACACAGUACAAUAGAGGCGUCAAUGUCAGCAACAGCAGCCCGGACAACAUAUCCCAGGCAACAGCCGUAGACAAUCUGACCCCCGAUGAGAACUUUAUAGUGCAAAAUUUUUACAGCAAUAGACCGGCCCGUGCUCUGCCCCCGAAGCAACAAAGCCAACACUCACACUCACCAAAAGGCGAUGCACAAUCUGGUGGUGUCAGUAUAAAAGCCACCGAAUCUGCUCAAACUAAAAACUUCACGCACACCGAAUUCUUGUCGAGAGUUGAGGAUGGUGGCAACACCAACAAUAACAGCAAAAGCAACAACAGCAACAGCAACACCGAGUGCUCGGAAAACAAUGAAAUCAUUUACAAGUUCUAUGUACCGGACGACAUUGGUGUGGCCACAGUACGCAUCUCCUUUGCACAAGUUUGCGUGAACUGUGCGGAUGUCGGUUUUCACGUGCAGGCGAAUGCAUAUCCGUGGAGCGGCUGCGGCAGUGGUGAUAGCUGCAGGGAGUCCAACCAUAUCCAUAGCACUGUUAUCCGUCCGAAUCAGACGGAGGAAAUCUCAAUUGAGUUUUACGUACAACCAAGCACAUGGCACUAUGCAACGCUCAAGUUUGUAAGUGAAACGGACGAAAUUUGGCUAUGUGCGGCCGGUGCUGAUAAACCAACAGAGUCCAGUGUUUUGACAGCAUCGAUGAAAGAGUUGCUGGGUGCUCGAUUAAAUCAACGAACAAAGUCCCAAUAUCGCCUACGACGUCAGAACACCAAUAGCAUUAACACGGAAAGCUCACCGAAUGUGUUGGGCUAUGAAAUCCGAAUCGACUUUGACUUGCCGAAAUCGAUUAACACAUCGCUUGAAGCUAGAAAUGAGUCCAACACGGUGAACUCCUGGCAACCAAAUCGUUUUCGUAAUAUGGACUUUUAUCCUCUGCUGCGGCAGACGUAUCGCGAGUUCUUUAUGUUUGAUUACGAUCUGCAGCCGGAUACAAAUGGAACUGUGCCAGUUGUGCUUAACUUAACAGCCCAAUCGGCGGCAGGAUUCGCCUUCGAUGUGGGUGAGGUCUACGACAUUGGAGGUACCCUUACUUAUGCGGUGUCCAUGAAGCAUGGAUCACGUUCGAGCAGCGACAUAAAGAGCCCACCACCAACCUUAUCGCCAUCGUCCGAACGUGGCGGCAUAUUGGCAGAGAGACUAAUAGGCGAUCCCAAUUCGGUGGUAGAGCCGGGUCAGUCAUCAAGAACCAAUCAGAGUAUGCAGAUUAUAGUGUGCAUGCAACUUGGCGAGCCGGGAGUACCUACUUGGCCGGACAAGUGCCGCUACGGACAGCGGCUAAGACAAGCGUCCAUUAUAGUUAAUAAUACGGAAAGCAUGGGACUAGUUCAUGUGCCCUUUCCCGAAAGUGGCCGCUGGUAUGUCACAAUGGGCCUCUAUUGUCACGGUGCAGAAACUGCACGCGUCACCAUUAUCGAAAGUGUCAAGGAUUUCAUCCGUCAGCAUGUUCGCCUGCUUGAUGACAUGAACUUUCCUUGUCCUUGCGCCAGCAGUGCCAAGAGGUAUGCAACUUGCAUUGAAUCCAAUGACUGCCUAGCCAAAAUGAACGAAACGGAAACUCUCAAGGUGAAGGAGUGCAUGAUGGAUUUCAAGUGUACCCCCGAUUACGAGGAUACGACACGGCUCUUUGAGAUACACCACAAGUCGGCGACGGAACAGCAUGUUGCUUUGGAUAACUGCAACACUUCGGUGAUAUUUUCCAUCUCCUCAAGUCCUUGCGUGGCCGGGCGUUGUGGCCGAUAUGGCCGUUGCUUUCACUACAUGUCCGGGGGCUUUGUAUUCUCCACCUGUGUGUGCACCAAGGGUUAUCGCGGCUGGGACUGCACCGAAGAUUCUUAG